CCCCAGCGCCCCCUGGCGCCGCGCACGGGGAGCCGCAGGCGGAGGGAGGCGAACCACUUCCGGUCUCCAUUUUACGCCAGCGGAACAGCUCCGGGACAGGCUGAGCCGGGUUCUCGGGAGCGCGCGGCCGGGCUCGGCGGACACCGCCCUGGCGUGGCUCGGCGGGGUCCCGCCUACUUCCCCCCUCCCUGUACUGUAGGGGCGGCUCCCACCGAGACCGCGGGGAUGGGCGGCCGAAGCCUCCUUGUCAAACUCGUCCCCGGACACUGAUCCUCCCGCCCGGGCCGUCGAGCUUCAGCGGCUUCGCCCCUCGCGGGGAGAGCGAGCCCGUGCGAGCAGUAUGGACCAAAGCCUGGUGGGUCACCCGGUGACCCUCAUCAUCAAAGCGCCCAACCAGAAAUACACCGACCAGACCAUCAGCUGCUUCCUGGACUGGACCGUGGGCACGCUGAAAACUCACCUCUCCAAAGUCUACCCCAGUAAGCCGUCUACAAAGGAUCAGAGACUGGUGUAUUCUGGCAGACUGCUUCCUGAUCAUCUGCAGCUGAAAGAUAUUCUCAGAAAACAAGAUGAAUAUCAUAUGGUUCAUCUAGUAUGUACUUCACGGACCCCCCCAAGUUCUCCAAAACCAAGCACCAGUUCUGUGUGUCAUGGAGCAUCGACAUCUGGCAACAGCUCAAAUUCAGAACAUUCUGGAUCAACAACUCCAUCACCCACAAGCCAAGAAUCUUUAUCUACAUCUAUAAACUCUAGCUCAGAUGGAGUGAGGCAUCGUAACCUUCCACAAGCACAAAGCAAUCCUGUGCAAAGCCACCAAUUCCCAUAUUUAAUGCAAGGCAACAUAGGCACCCAGUUUCCAGGUCAAGGUGUUUCUACUGGAUUUUCAAUGUACCCUGCAUUCAGCCCAUUACAGAUGAUAUGGUGGCAACAAAUGUAUGCACGUCAGUACUACAUGCAAUAUCAAGCUGCAGUUUCGGCCCAGGCAACAUCCAGCACUGAACCAGUCAGAUCAGCCGUCGCGCAGCCUGUAAAUUCAGAGCAUGUUCCUGCAAAUGAGCCCCCAGCAGUGCCAAACGUAGCAGCACAGGAGAACAGGCCUGUAAACCAGAAUGUUCAAAUGAAUGCACAAGGAGGUCCAGUAGUGAAUGAGGAGGACUUCAAUCGAGACUGGUUAGACUGGAUGUACACAUUUUCUAGAGCAGCUAUUCUCCUCAGCAUUGUAUAUUUUUAUUCUUCCUUCAGUCGGUUUGUCAUGGUAAUGGGAGCCAUGCUACUGGUUUAUUUACACCAAGCUGGAUGGUUCCCCUUUAGGCAAGAGGGAGGCCAGCAACAGGCAGCCAAUAACAAUGCAGAAGUGAACCCUGAUGGACAAAAUGUAAAUAACCCUGACCUUGAGGAGAUGGAGCGUCUUAUGGAUGAUGGGAUUGAUGAAGAGAGUGGAGAAGAUGCAGGUGAAGAUGGCAGUACAGAGCAGCAUCCUGGAUUCAUGGCUUCAGCUUGGUCCUUCAUCACCACCUUCUUCACAUCGCUCAUCCCUGAAGGACCUCCACAGGUUGGCAAUUAGGCUCAAGAGGAACUGUGCCAGGCAGCAUAAGAAGCUGUACAUAGAAGAGGGAGCUGAAUCUAGGGGGCAUUUUAAAUACAGUGCAAUUUCAAAAGAUUUAUAUUAACUUUUUGAUCAUGGUGUACAAAAAUGUGUAUUUUUCCCUUUUGGCUUUCUCAUGCAUAUGAAUAUUUUAAGCACAAGUGGAUUACUACAUUUUUUUUUUUUAAGUUCUUCUUUUUUCUAAAGAAGAAUUAAAUGUAAAGAUACCGGUCUUCCAUGUUUUAUUUUAAUUUUAGUUGUAAAUUACACUGAGACAAGAAGUUUGUAGGUUGUGUGCACGAUUAUUCCUUUGAAGAGCUGUUAAAAGUAUAAAUGUCAACAACAAAAACCUUUUAAAAAUGAGAUUUAUCCUCCUGGUAAAUUUAACUUAACUGUGAGUCUUCCUAAUAGUCUUAAACACUAUAUAAAUCCUCGUCUGAGUUUUGUGUUUAUGGCAUCCCCAAAAGAAUUCUAUUCAGACAAAAUAUUACCUGCUAAUGGUAUGUUUUUUUCUUGUGCUAUAAAGUACUAAGCCUCUCAUGUAAGAAGCUAGAAAGUUUAAAUAUCUUGAGGCUAUAUAGCCAGUUUCAAUAAAUUUUGGAGUGAUUUUCUCUUUUAGACAACUCUUCAAAGAAAAUUAACAGUGAUCAAGUACAUCAUCAAUGUUUGAUACAUACAGUACUUUUUAAAAAAAGAUGUACUGGAAAAUAGACAUAUGUAAUUAGUUUUUUUAAUAAAAACCAAGUUACAGUAA